CUGAGUUGGAGUUUGAACCGAAUGAAAACGAAAGAAAAGUCCAUUCAUCUUCCAUUCAUCACUACAUCUUUGUCAGAGCACGUGGGCGAUGUGCUUUCAUACAUGCUGGAUGACUUGGACUGCUAUAUUUAUUUUUGCACACAGCCCCUUACUGUGGUCCGGAGGGAGUUCUCAGGAGGUUCUUGUGAAGAAGGUUGUAGCUGCUCCAGGUUCAGAUGCUGUGCUCAGUUGCUUGUUUCCUGUUCAACCAAAUAUAGAUUUUGAAAUGUUAGUUAUAAACUGGCAGCAUGGUGAUACAGUGGUGCACAGCUUCUAUCGAAACAGUGAUCAGCUUGAAAAACAGAAUGAAGUUUACAAAGGACGAACAUCUCUCUUCCAAGACCAGUUACAGGCAGGAAAUGCAUCACUAAUGUUAACUGACAUUCAGCCAGAACAUAAUGGAGAAUAUAAGUGUUAUGUGACAUGCAACAUUGGACCAUUUGAUGAACAGACGGUGCAUUUGCUUGUAGCAGCUCCAUACGAUGAACCUGAAAUUGCAGUUCAGUAUCUCUGCGAGAAUAUCAUCAUCAGUCUUUCAUCUCAUGGUUUUCCUAAACCUGUUGUGACUUGGUCUGCACCCUUGGGAUAUGAAAAUACAACACUUAUACUUGACAGUAGAGGGCGCUAUAGACUGCAAAGCAACAUGACCUUGAACCUGAACUCCACAGAAACUGUGAGAGUAGAGAUGAGCCUGGAUGUGCUGUCACAAAAGUUCAGCAGAUCACUUACACUACAUCCUCAUCCAGCAUGCUGUAAAGAACAAAGUCCACGGUGCAGGAUUGGGUUUGGCAUCGCUCUAUUGGUAUUAAUACCUGCUGUCUUAAUGCUGCUGUUUCAGAGAAAGCAAUGAACAUAUCGACUUACACAAAAAAAUGUAUAUAUUUUUUUUAAUCUGAUUAUGCUUUAAUAUCGGCUUCAUGGUGCAGAGAGAAUUGAAGUCUGUUCUUACUUUUUUGUCCUCUUUGUAUUCCAUUUUUAUGGCAGUUAUAUUGUUGUUUUGUGUGUAUUUGUGGGUCUUUAAUAGUCUGAAGGAGAGUCUGAUUCAAAACGGCAUCAAGCAUCAUCAUCGAUAGGUGUUUCUUGUAUAACUGCAUCUACUCAUGUAUUGCACUAUAACUUCAAUAACUCAUGUACUGCACUGUACCUUUAAUAACCGCAUCAACUCAUCUACUGCACUGUUACUUUAAAAGCUAAUGUCUGUGACUAAUACACACUCAAAUCACUUGCACUAUUGUAUAGUCUAUAAUGUUAUCUGUUCAUAACCACCUGUACAUUAAUGUUCACAGUAUAUAUCCUUCUGUAUAUAUUGUCCUUAGUACAUACCGACUGUCACAUUCUCAUAGUACAUGCCCAUUGUAUAGUAUUUUCCUAAUAUUGUAUUCUGUAUUUAUUAACACUGUAUAUCCUGCACUUGCUAAUUGCACUUCUGGUUAGACCUAAACUACAUUUCGUUACACUGUACUUGUAUAUGUGUAAUGACAAUAAAGUUGAAUCUAAUCUAAUCUUCUUCUCCAAACACAUCAUCAUGGACUGGAACUAUACCUCUUUCUCUAUUAAUAUUAUGGAAACUCGUCAGUGAAGUUAUCGUCAGUGUUUGUUCAUAAUGCACUUUAUACUUUCUUUAC